AUGUACACUGUAAAAGAAGUUAAGACGUCCUUCGUCCUUCGUCGGCUGCGUCAGUACAGACACUUUCUGCUACAGACAGCCCGCAUCUGCCUCGAGGGCUCCAACGGCCUCAAGCAAUUCGUCCGCCUUUUGCUGGAUGGAGGAAGCCAGCGAAGCUUUGUUCGGCGUGACGUUUCACUGGCCGUCGGAUGUCACUCGGUAGGCUUCGAGGAUUUAACCAUCCACACCUUGGGCAACAAAAGCGCCCGCCGCACAAAGUACAACAGCGUUCAGUGCACACUGCACAGCCAAUCUUCUGCACAUAGUGUGGUAAUCAACGCCAUCGAGUACGAGCACAUCUGUUCCGAUGGGCUUCCAUCCGUGCCAUCCGGCAUAUCCAGUCAACUCAAGAGAAUGGGGCUCCAGUUAGCAGAUGAGCCUUCGGCCCCUUCCAGCGUCAUCUCCGUUCUAAUUGGAUCCGAUCACUACUGGAAGGUCGUCACCGGAAACACCCUGCGAUUGUCGAAAGACCUGGUAGCAGUAGAAACCUUGUUCGGGUGGACGGUGCAGGGCGCUUUUCGCUUCAGACCCGCGAAUGAGGUAGAAGUGAUGAGGAUUGGCGUGCAAACAGAGGAACCGGACCGACAGAUUGAUCUGCAGUUGCAAGCAUUUUGGGAGCUAGAACACCUCGGCAUUAUUGAUCAGCAGCAAUCCAACGAUACAGAUGGCACUGUCCUUCAAGAAUUUCGUGCGACUGCCAAGCUGUGCGGCGGUCGAUAUGUUGUGCGGCUCCCAAGGGAUCCGGGCAAAGGCUCCUUACUGGGUGACAACAAGGCCCUAGCGGUACAAAGACUCCAAAGGAUAACGAAGAAAUUGCUCUCCGACCAAGCAGUUAUGGAUGAGUACGACUCAACGAUACGACAGUACCUGACGAACGAUCAUGCCGAGCGAAUGGCUGACCCCGCCGUUGUUUCAGGACCACUGUACUACAUGCCUCACCAUGCAGUCAUUCGUAGGGACCGAGAGACAACGAAGGUUCGGAUAGUGUUCGAUGCCUCAUCAAAGGCUCCCGGUUGUCUCUCGCGCAACGAAACGCUUCAUGCAGGGCCAAACUUGAACCCUGACGUCCUGGAACUCCUCCUACAAUUUCGAGCCUUUCGAAUUGCUGUAACAGCGGACGUUGAAAAAGCUUUUCUGCAGAUCCUGUUGGAAGAGGCUGACAGAGAUUCGUUACGCUUCCUUUGGUAUUCGACGACUCCAAAGAACGGCGAACCUUUACCGUCAGUUGAGACUUGGAGGAUGACGCGUGUCCCUUUCGGUGCCAAGUCGAGCCCAUUUCUACUAGCAGCCACCAUACGUCAUCACUUACAGUCCGUAGAGACAACGUAUACUCCGACUGCUUCGCUACUUGCGUCACACUUUUACGUCGACGACCUAGUCGUCGGAUUGGACACUGUUGAAGAGGCGCUAACGCUAUACCAUCAGGCACGACAGAUCCUUCGAGCGGCCAGUAUGAAGCUUGUAAAGUGGACCAGCAACUGCGCACCGUUACGCAGUACCUUCGAAGCGGAUGGGACAACGUCCGCCUCGGAUACAUCGCUGAAGAAGGUGUUAGGGCUCGUCUGGGACGUCGACACUGACGAGUUGCGUUAUUCCCUGAAGUCAAUCUCCGAGUUUCUUGAAAAGAGGACCGACACUAAACGUUGCGUACUGCAGACGGCAUCGCGUGUGUACGAUCCACUGGGCUACAUAGCGCCGUUUGUGAUUACGAUCAAGAUUUUACUGCAGCGCAUCUGGCUUUCCAAAAUACAAUGGGAUGAUCGUCUCCCCGAAGAUCUGAUGGGAACGUGGCUGUCUUGGUGCCAGGAAGUUCCGCUGAUCUCUCGAAUUUCGAUACCUCGGACGCUAUCGGACUCUGCAUCAAUUGCCGCAGCAUCCAAAACGCUGCACGUGUUUUGCGAUGCUAGCCCCAAAGCGUAUGGCGCUGUUGUUUAUCUAGUGACCGAACGAGACAAGGCACACUCCGAGGCGAGCCUUCUGCUAGCUAAGAGCAGAGUUGCUCCUGUGAAGCAUGUUUCUCUACCCAGACUAGAGCUCAUGGGUGCUGUCAUUGCCGCACGACUGCUCAGGUGCGUCAGAGCCACGCUAUCCAUGCCCGAGGUAGAAGCAGUUUUGUGGACUGACUCUGAAGUCGCACUACAUUGGAUUCAUGGGUCAUCACAGGAAUGGAAACCAUUUGUUAAGAACCGAGUAGUCGACAUACAGGAGAUCACAGAUUCACGGCAGUGGAGACACUGUCCUGGUUGCGACAAUCCCGCGGACCUGCUUACCAGAGGCAUAAAUUGUCUUCGUUUGCUGGAUGAUGUCUGCUGGUGGCACGGCCCAUCGUGGCUUUCUAAUCGAGCCAACUGGCCUCCCCUGUGGUACCAAUCUGACAUGAUCGUCGACGAAGUUCGGAUGGAAGCGAAGCCGGCUACGGUCUGCUGUGCGCCACUCACGACGCACAGUCCCCUUCUCGAUAUUACGGACUUCGGUUCGCUGCAUCGGCUGCUUCGAGUGACAGCAUGGACGAAGCGAUUUCUCCAUAACUGCAGCCACACGGAUAAAAGGGAAGGGGCGGUGAGUGCUGAAGAAUUGGCCGCGGCCGAGACCUACUGGAUACAUAUUGCCCAGCGCCAGCGUUUCGGUGCGAAGCCAACCAAUCACAAGUCACUAAAGAGCACUUCGGUUUUCUACGACGACAACAACAUCAUUCGUCUGAAAGGACGCCUGCAAUACGGCGAGUUUUCCGAACCCUUAAAGUAUCCGAUCAUCAUUCCCGCAGACCACCACUUCACUGCCUUGCUGGUGUCGUCUACCCACGUCAGACUUCUUCACGCUGGCGUUCAGGAAACCUUGGCGGACUUACGUGAGCGUUAUUGGGUAAUACGUGGCCGCCAGGUUGUGAGGAAGGUCCUGCACCGCUGUCUUGUUUGCCGACGAGAGAGGGCACGAGCCUGCUCGGAACCUACUGCACCACUUCCGAGGGAUCGGGUGCUUCCUUCGCCACCGUUCGAGACAGUGGGCACCGACUAUGCCGGCCCUCUGCAUUUCCGAUCACCCGAGGGAGAUGAAGCCGGCAGGUGUUACCUGUUGAUAUUCACCUGUGCCAUCACGAGAGCCGUUCACCUUGAACUCACGAAGUCAAUGACGGCGCACGACUUUCUACAAGCCUUCCAGAAAUUUAUAUCUCGCCGAGGACUUCCACGAACGGUGUAUUCCGACAAUUUUCGGACGUUCAAGCGAGCGCAACGGGAUCUAAGCCUGGCAGCGCUCUCUCAGCAUCCAGCGGUGACCGGAUUACUUUCUUCCCACCGGGUCACCUGGAAGUUCAUUGCGGAAAGGGCAGCCUGGUGGGGGGGAUUUUGGGAGCGCCUCAUCCGCAGCAUCAAGACAUGCCUGCGCAAAAUACUAGGAAGAAGCACGCUCGACUACGACGCCCUAGGAACAGUUAUCGUGCAGCUUGAGGCAGUCCUUAACUCCCGGCCCCUGGCAUACGCAUCGGAAGAUCCAGAUGACAUUGCCGUCAUCACACCCGCUCACUUUCUGGUAGGCAAGAGGCUCACCGCUCUGCCAUCAAUUCCGUCGCAAGGGCUAUCCACUGGGAACGAGUCGACCUCCGAGCAACUGAGACGGCGCUGGAGGUACAUGGAGAGAAUGACCGACUUACUGCGUAGCAGGUGGAUCAAGGAGUACAUUUUGUACUUGAGAUCCGCACAUAUUUACAAACCUCUCGCCUCUGACACUGUGAAGAUAGGAGACAUUGUCCUUGUCUCUAACGAGAAGUCCCGCGUGCUAUGGCCCCUUGCCAGAGUCCAAGACGUGAGGGUCAGCGGAGACGGAUGUAUCCGCUCAUGCAGGCUGAAGCUGCCUGACGGUCACACCAUAAAUCGACCAAUCCAGCUGCUCCACAAACUAGAAGCAGGCUAG